UGAGACUCCGUAGCCAGGCGAAGGUGGUGUCCAGACAGGGGUCUCCUCCAAGCAGACUCAAUUUUUAUCACAAGCCACCGUUGGCCCUGUGGGUGUGUGACCUUUGACUGGUCCCUGUGCCCCAGCAAGUUCCUCUUUGACUAAUCAUCAGCAGUAAUUGUCCCCUUAGGCUAACUUCCUGUCCUGAACUGUUUAUAAAUCUGCCCUGUGUCACUGGGGAUGAGAUGUACAGGAGCAGAGGAAGUGAUGCCUUCCCAGGAAUCUGGGUACCUGGCUUCCUCAUUUCUCUCAGGUGCCCCUGAAAUGAGGGACGUGAUAAGAUCUUUGUCAUGAGGAAGGGUUUUCUGUCACUCCUUUCCUGUACUUGGGACCUGAUUGCAGCAUCCUGUGCCGUAGGUGUGGUUCUGGAUGAGUCUGCUCCAUCUGAGGUGUGCAUGGUAUGAAAAUACAGGAUGAAUGGCAACAGGAGGUGAUUCCCAAGUGACGGUGACAGGCAGUAGCCAGAGUACCCGUCUCAGUCUUGCUGUGUCUCAGGAGCUGCUCUGAAUGGUGUGACCUCAGCCCAAGUACUGCCUUCCAGGUUUCAGAGCCCACUGUCUCUGGCAUCCUGCCACCCUCUCUGCGUUGACAUCUCUCCGGUCUGCUGACUUCAGUUGCUCUCCUUCAGUGCUGCUGGUGGCAUGUGAGUGCCACGUCUGCCGAGAAACCAACUUGCUGUUUGAAAGCUUUCCAGGGACACAGGCUUCAUUUGUGGCUGUAAUGACCCUUCAGCGUGAGUGGAUGCCAGGGGCCUCCAGAAUUAAACUUGUUCCAGGCGUCAUGCAAGGACCCGUGCUGGUGCGCAUGUCCUCGUGGGGAGAACAAUAAUAGCUCCACAUACGGUAGGCUCCUCUGAGUGCCAACUCCCUCGAUCUCCUCCAAUGCAGGCUCAGGGAUGGACUCCACCUUGUCCGUCUGAAGAGACUCUGCAUGCUCUCAGCAGCCAGGAGGGGAUUCUGCUGCCAGAUUCUCCACAAGCUGCCCCACGGCAGGACUUGCUCAGUGGCAGCCCGGGAAGGGAUCUGUUCCUGCAGUCGUGUUACUGCCGAGCCCACCACACGCCCAUGGACAAACCAGUGUGUGUGCACCAUCUCCUCUGAGCUCUUUGGGCUGCACCGUCUGAACUCACCUGAGCUCCUGGCAGACUGUUGGCUUGUUUACCCAAGUGCUCUCCCUGAUCCUGUUGCAUUCUCUCUCUCAGAGCCCCAAAAGGGUGUGAACUUUGGAAUGGGGUCUCUGAGCAGGCUGCAGACUCGGUGCAUGUGUGAGACUGUUGCUGAGUAACAGGAGGACUGGUUCAUUGCUGCAAGCAGCCCUUCUGUCUGGCUGCAGGGCACCAGCCUUGCCUGGGCCCUUCACCAUGUUCCUCCUGCUCCCCUUUGACAGCCUAGUGGUUAAUCUCUUGGGGAUUUCCAUAACUGUCCUCUUCACUCUGCUUCUGGUUUUCAUCAUCGUGCCAGCAAUUUUUGGAGUCUCCUUUGGCAUCCGCAAGGUUUACAUGAAAACUUUAUUAAAGAUUUUUCAGUGGGCAACACUGAGAAUAGAGCGUGGUGCCAAGGAGAAGAACCAUCCGUUGUACAAGCCGUAUGUCAAUGGUAUCAUUGCAAAGGAGCCAACAUCACUGGAGGAGGAGAUCAAGGAGAUCCGCCGGAGUGGCAGUGGCAAAGCCCUGGACACCCCUGAAUUUGAGCUCUCAGAUAUCUUCUAUUUCUGCCGCAAAGGCAUCGAGACCAUCAUGGAUGAUGAAGUGACCAAGAGGUUCUCAGCUGAAGAGCUGGAGUCCUGGAACCUGCUCAGCAGGACCAACUACAACUUCCAGUAUAUCAGCCUGCGCCUCACUGUGCUCUGGGGACUCGGUGUGCUCAUCCGCUACUGCUUCCUUCUGCCCCUCAGGAUAGCCCUGGCCUUUACUGGCAUCAGCUUGUUGGUGACUGGUACCACAGUGGUGGGAUAUUUGCCAAAUGGAAGGUGUAAGGACUUCCUGAGCAAACAUGUCCACCUGAUGUGUUACCGGAUCUGCGUGCGUGCCCUCACAGCCAUCAUCACCUACCACGACCGAGAAAACAGACCCCGAAAUGGAGGCAUCUGUGUGGCCAAUCACACCUCCCCCAUUGAUGUGAUCAUCUUGGCCAGUGAUGGCUACUAUGCGAUGGUGGGUCAGAUCCAUGGAGGGCUCAUGGGUGUGAUACAGAGAGCCAUGGUGAAAGCUUGUCCCCAUGUCUGGUUCGAACGUUCUGAGGUCAAAGAUCGUCACCUCGUCGCCAGAAGGCUCACAGAACAUGCCCAGGACAAAAGCAAAUUGCCCAUUCUUAUUUUUCCAGAAGGAACAUGCAUCAACAACACAUCUGUGAUGAUGUUCAAAAAGGGGAGCUUUGAAAUUGGAGCCACAGUUUACCCUGUAGCCAUCAAGUAUGACCCACAGUUUGGAGAUGCCUUUUGGAACAGCAGCAAAUAUGGCAUGGUGACCUACCUCCUCAGGAUGAUGACCAGCUGGGCCAUCGUCUGCAGUGUCUGGUACUUGCCCCCAAUGACCAGGCAGCCUGAAGAGGACGCAGUGCAGUUUGCCAAUCGAGUGAAGUCAGCCAUUGCCAGGCAGGGGGGCCUUGUGGAUCUGCUCUGGGAUGGAGGACUGAAAAGGGAGAAGGUGAAAGACGCGUUCAAGGAGGAGCAACAGAAACUCUACAGCAAAAUGAUUGUAGGCAGCCAUGAAGACCGGAGCCGCUCCUGAGUCUGCUGCCUCCAGCACUGCCACCGGGGCUGGUCAAAGCCCUCUGCCUCCAGCACCAGCCAGGGCUUGUCUGGAGCAACUCCGAAUCUUUGGACUUGGGCUACUCCAGAGCUGCUUGGACUCGCUCUUUCAUCCUCUGGUUGUUGUUUCCUGGAGGCACUGUUACUGCCUGGAGUCUUUAGGCCCUUGGCAGCUCAUGGCAAAGAUGCCUUCUCGUUACUGUUACAGUGAAGCCCCUUGCAGGGGCAAUAUUAAAUGAAACUCUUACAGUG